AUGGCUGACACCAAAACCGAUGGCCCACCGGAGACGGUGAUCCCUUCACCAGAGCUACUUGCUGGUCUCGCAGAGAAGUCUUUAGCAGAGAAGCAGAAGCCCAAACCAAAAGAGGAGCAUCCUUCGGGAAAAGAAGGCCAUGGAGCUCUGAUGCAGAUUGUGCGCGGCUCCUUGUUCGCCCUAUACUUCAACACAUGCUGCUUGAUCAUCUUUUUCACCCAGCUUAUCGGCUCUCCCUUGUACUUUGUCAAUCGUGACUGGUACUACGCUUACAUGGCUAUGACAAAACAAUCUUUUUGUCUUACAACAAUUUCCAUGACCCAGAUUUGGGGCCCGACCACUAUCCGAAUCAGCGGUGACGAGUCGGUCGCUGGUCAGAUCAAGCUGCGACCCGAUGGGGGAGUUCAGUUCGAGUUCCCUGAGCGUUUGGUGAUGAUUGCCAACCAUCAAAUCUAUACUGACUGGCUAUAUCUGUGGUGGAUUGCUUACGCCAAUUCCCCUGGCAUGCAUGGGCAUAUCUACAUCAUCCUCAAGGAAUCUCUCAAGCACAUCCCUAUCAUUGGUUGGGGAAUGCGCUUCUACGGAUUCAUCUUCAUGUCACGAAAGAUGGCCUCGGAUCAGCCCCGCCUGGCCUACCGCCUCAACAAACUCAAACAGCGCAAGGUAGAUCCUAAUGGAAAGUCGUAUAUGGACCCCAUGUGGCUGCUCUUGUUCCCCGAAGGCACGAAUCUUUCCAAUAAUGGGCGUAGAAAGUCGGCUGGCUGGGCUGCCAAAAACGACCUCAAGGAUCCAGACCAUGUUAUGCUUCCACGAAGCACUGGCAUGUUCUUUUGUCUGAACGAGCUCAAGGGAAGCAUCGACUACGUCUACGACUGCACGGUCGCAUAUGAGGGAAUUCCCCGAGGUGGAUUCGGUGAGGAAUAUUUUGGUUUGGUGAGCACCUACUUUCAAGGCCGGGCCCCUAAGUCGGUCAACUUCCACUGGCGCCGCUUCAAAAUCAGCGAUAUGCCCCUUCACGACCAAAAGGCCUUUGAGCUGUGGUUGCGCGAGGAGUGGUACAAGAAGGAUGCACUCAUGGAGGAGUACCUGACGACCGGUCGCUUCCCCCGUAUGGCUGGUAGCAAGAUCGACUACAUCGAGACCGAGGUCAAGACUCGAAAGCCCUGGGAGAUUCUUCAGAUCUGUGCUGUUGUUGGUACCGCUGGGUUGAUCUGGCACAACGUCAAGAAGUCCUUCUCGACUGUGUCAUCCGCGUUUCGUUGA